AUGCCGAGCUUUCACAACAGUCUCAGUGGCGUGACACGAACCUACUUGGUUGCUUGUCAUUCAAGGCUAAUUGCCGAGCCACAAAACCGGUGUCAGGGCACAAGUGACCUACUUGGUUGCCUGAUGUUCUGGUGGGAUAGGGAAUUGGAUUAUUGGAGAAAUUGGGAUCAGGAACGAUCACGAAAGCAAGUUCAUGUUAACCAGCCGAUAGUUGCGACCGUUCAUGGGAAUGGGAAUAUAACCAAUAUAGGGGAUAAUAACGGCGGAACAAUUGUGUCUAGUAAAAGAGAUAAAGAGGAGGAAGAUGAACGAAAUCAAACAAAGCGAGUUAGAUUUCAUGAAGAAAAGCCUCCACCAAAAAAGAAAACAUCAGGAAAAAGGGGAGAUAUACUGCCUGAUGGUACCAAACUUGAGAAAGCGACUCCACUGAAAUUAAUAGCAUCGGAUAAUGACAAUUCCUCCCAAGAUGAUGAUGAUUCUUCCAAAGUAUAUGAAUCUGAUCAUGAAGAUGGUUAUAACAAUGACGAGGAAGAUGUCCCCCUUCCAGAAGGAGUCUCUCGAUUUCGACGGAACGUUGGCGAAAUUGUCACUGAGAAUAUAUCUGCAAAUGCGGUGGAAAUCAAAAAGAAGAAAAGAUUAUCAGCCAUAGAAAAAGCUACAUUACGCUAUGGUGCAUCACGAAUAAUUGAUUUAUCAGCGCACAUGAAAGAAUGGUUCUCUCUUGAAGAUAGAAGAUUCAUGAUGAAUGAUUACAUGUCUUUGUUGCAUGUUCCCGGCCUGAAAGACGAAGAAAGCUCCUUUGUCACAACUAUCGAAAAUAUGGUAAAUGAAAAAAGAAUAAACGAAGCGUACGAAUUUUGUGUUCAAAAGCUUACUAGUUCUGAUGUGAACAGCUAUGUGCGCAAGAUCAGCAAAAUAUAUUUAGAUUUUAUUUACAGAAGCGAGGAUGGUGAUAUAUUGGAUUCUGCACACACAGAGAUUGACGUAAUACUAAAAGCAUGUUCAUAUAUUGUUGAAGGGCUGAGGAAGAGUUUGGUAGUAAAACAAAGAUGGGGAGAGUCAUUCUGCCCAUUGAGCAAAAAUGCGGACUAUAAAAAGGAUCGCAAGUGUGAUGUGCGUUUCUUAUCACCAUCAGGAGUAGACCUUGGAGAAUGGGAGUUUGCGUCAAAUUUAACAUCGCACAAGGCAAUUGGCGACCGUUGUCGAUCAGCUCGAAUUAAUCAAUCGAUAUUAAAUGGUCUGUUGAAUCGUAAUCUGACCAAUGUAGAGGUUAAGAAAAUCAAUAUGCCCUUUUUACAGAUUGCAGGUACGAGUGGGCAGAUGUUAAUCGAGGAUUUAAUUGAGGGUUUCUAUGUUGUCUUUCCGGGCCCAAAGUUCGAGUUACCUACGAAGCUUCAACAUAUCGGAAAACUGAAGUUCUCUGUAAACAUUAUCAAGUUUGUCAUGGAUAUAUAUGAGCAAAUAAGCGAAAUGAUGGAAACUAAAGAAAGUACAAGUAGUGAAUUUGACAGCAUUUUCGGUAGUGAUGAUCUUGAUAUGAGUAAACUCGCCCAUUGUAAAGCUGAACUUAUUCAUGAAUCGUGGUGGACUCCUAAAAGUAACAAAACCAAAGUUAUCACUAACGAACAGGAAGCAUCUCCCACAAAAGAUAUUUCGCCAUUCUCAGCUUGUUCAGAAUUCCCUGUAAUUUCUCAACCGGAGGCUGGCUCAUGCCAAUCAUCCGCUUCAACUAUUGAAACUUACUCCGAUGAAGAAAAUGAUAUAGGCUCUGUGGAUCCAAAUCUGGUACAAAAUGUUAUUUCUUUUGAAACGGAUCUUGACAAUACUCCCAACAGGUAG